AUGGGCCCCUGUACCGCCUCCUCAUGCUGCUGCCAGGCCCGUAAUCUGCCAUGGGCCCCUGUACCGCCUCCUCAUGCUGCUGCCAGGCCCGUAAUCUGUCAUGGGCCCCUGUACCGCCUCCUCAUGCUGCUGCCAGGUCCAGAGUGUGUCAUGGGUCCCUGUACGGCCUCCCAUUGCUGCUGUCUCCAUCGCCACACUCUGCCAUGUGCCACUUUCAGGUCUCCUCACACUGCUGGUGGGUUCCAUUUUGUCAUAGGGUGCUGUAUGGCCUCCCAUUGCUGCUGCCUCCACCGCCACACUGUGGCUCCACACUCUGGUUUUGGCCCCGUGACUGCCCAAAUGAGUGAAGUGUGCGGUGAUUCUAAGAUCGACGGCACUCAUCUGCAUGUCAUACUGACUGACAGUAUUAGUUCUCUUCCCCAGCAGACUCCAAGGGCAUUUAAAUUAAAGGUACAGUGUUCUGCACUAAUAUAA